UCUUUCCUGCUGAAAUGCUCCCCCUGUGUAUUUCUGCAGGACAGAAAUAGGAAAUCUUUCUUUCCAUUUCUGCUUCCCCUACUCCCUUUAAGUUCUCUCUGGCUGUUUUUUGUAACCUAACAAAAGGUGAAGUUUCAGACUGUGGGACAGUGUGGAAAGAAAGAGUUCAAGAAUUGUCCAAAAGGAGGAAACUGCAGGGAUUUUUUUUUCUUCCCUUUUCAGAUCAUUUUGGUGCUGUUUUCUCUCCUUACCCUGCUUGUUCUUUUGUAGCUAUAGAUCUAUCUCCUCAAGCCUCUCGUUGUUUUUCUUUUUAUACCACCGAGUCCAAGGAGCAGCUCUCCAGGGGGAAGCUCUCCUGCUCUGGUAAGGAUCUGGCCGGUCCUUGAUGGAGGAGGACUGGCGUUUUGGUGGCUGCAGCUCUGGGUAUGGCUUGCCCCGCUGUGCCUGUGGCUGAACUCGAAGCGGGGAGCUGGCAGCCUGCUUGAGGCAGAGAGGGUUUCCUUCUGAACUCCCACAUCUCCUAACUUUGCUGACAGCAAGAAAACGUGAUAUUUUUUUAGGUUCGCUUCUGCUCUCCCUGGGGCCUUCUGCGCUAUUCUAACUGAAUUGAUGUGUUUCUUUAACUAAAAGCAGCCGAAAACCUGCAGGAAUAGGGAAUGUAGCGGCCGUGGGUCUCCUCUGCCGGUUUGGCCGCCUCCCUCGCAGCCGUCCCGGGACAGCUCCGCGGGCCCGCCGGUGCCCCGGAACCCGCCGUCCCGUUCCGUGUUUCCCGCGGGCGUUAUUCGGCGGCUCCCCGCAAACGCCGAGACACCGCCAAGCGUGGGCGGGCUGAAGGGCGGCUCUCGCGGCCAAUGGGCAAGCCGGACUUCCCGUCGCGGCCAAUGGGAGGGCGUCGUGGGCGGGAGCACGUUGCGGAGGCUGCCUGGACGGGGGCGCGAGCGGGAGCCGGCGCAAGUUUUCAGGCUGGUGAAAUAGUCCAGACGUUGGUGGCGCUGGCUUCUGAACGCUGGGCUGUCAGAAAGAGCAGGCGAGGAGAAACACAAGGUACUGAGCCCAGGAGUACCUUUCCCUUGAGGUCUGUCUGUGCCGUCACCUGCUGAUGUGCCUGCUCUAACAGCGGCCAGAGGGACCCCCACCAGGUGCUGUCCACAGGGCCCUUGGCAGCGAGCGUUCACCAGGAAGCACGAUGAAGAUCAUGGUUGCCAAAGUGCUGUGUCUGCUGGGCAUCUGUGUCCUCAUGCUGGCUGGGUCCCUCCUCCCCGUCAAGAUAAUUGAGGCUGAUUAUGAGAAAGCUCAUCGCUCCAAGAAGGUCCUUGCCCUCUGCAAUUCUUUUGGAGGAGGGGUCUUCCUGGCCACCUGCUUCAAUGCCUUGCUGCCUGCCGUCAGAGAAAAGCUUGAUGAAGUUCUCAGGCAGGGGAACGUGACCACAGACUACCCGGUGGCUGAGACCAUCAUGAUGGUUGGCUUCUUUGUGACGGUCUUUGUGGAGCAGCUCAUCUUGACCUUCCAGAAGGAAAAGCCCUCCUUCAUUGACUUAGAGACCUUCAAUGCCGGUUCGGAUGUUGGGAGUGACUCUGAAUACGAGAGUCCCUUCAUUGCAUCUUCCCGAGGGCGCACAUUGUACAGUGAACAUGGUCACCACUCCCACAGCCACGGCCUGAAUAUCCAGGAGCUCUCCCGCUCCAGCCCCUUACGGCUCAUCGGGCUGGUGUUUGCUUUGUGUACGCAUUCUAUCUUUGAGGGACUGGCCCUGGGCUUGCAGGAGGAGGGCGGCAAAGUCAUGAGCUUGUUCCUCGGAGUUGCAAUUCACGAGACGCUGGUAGCGGUGGCAUUGGGCAUCAGCAUGGCCAAGACCUCGUUGCCACUGAAGGAUGCUGUGAAGAUGGCUGUGACGGUGAGCCUGAUGAUUCCUCUGGGCAUUAGCAUUGGGAUGGGGAUUGAAAGCACCCAAAAUGCAGCCAGCAACAUUACUUCCCUGCUCCUGCAAGGCAUUGCAGGGGGCACUUUCCUGUUCAUCACCUUCUUUGAGAUCCUUGCAAAGGAGUUGGAAGACAAGAACGACCGUCUCUUGAAGGUUCUCUUUCUGGUGCUGGGCUACACAGCUCUGGCUGGGCUCGUCUUCUUCAAGUGGUGAGCAUGGGAGCGAUGGAAAGCAAACCUCACCUCCUUCCCUUGCAAAUGGCACCAGAGAUGAGCCUCCUCUUCAGCCAAGCGGGACACUGAAGCUCAACAGCCAAGUGAAACAUCACAGUCCAGCACUAUUUCCAUAUUGACCUGAAGGAGAACUUCUUCCUUUGUGCUCAGAGGGAGAUAAAAAUGAGGAGUGUCCCAGUGUAGGUGUCACAAGGUAUUGUCCCUGCCCGUUGGAUCUGCUGGUGCAGCAGCUUGUGCGGAGAUUAGUCAACACAAAACAUUAAGAAUCUGGUUCUAAGGCUGCCUUCAAAGAGCUCAUCAAGCAUGUGGCUUUCUGUUAAUCUGCACAGCCAGCCCCCUCCCUCCUUCCCCUCACACUCAUUGCAGAAGCUAUGGCUGAGAGCCUGCUUCCUUGGCUCUCAGGCUCUGAGAAGGUGAGAAACAAUAGCAGAAAUAAAGUUGAAAGCAGGUGGGAUCACGGAUUGCACAGCUGCACUAAGCUGCUUUUGCUAGCUUAGUUUUGAGCAAAACCUGGUUGUAAUAGCUGCCAAAAAUAACAUCCCUUCUGGGGCUGCUCGGUGUGCCUGGUGCCACUGCUCCCUCCGAGCAGAGCUUCCAUUUUAACCCAUGAGUGGCUCUGGGAGCUUUUGUUUCUCAGAGUGAUUAAUGGAAGAAAUGAGGCUGGGCCAUGCCCCUGUCCCAUGCUUCGUUCUCAGCAUCUCAUCCAUAUGUUGAGCAUUCCCUAAAGAAAACCUCCAGCAGUGUGUUAAAGUAUUGUUUGAAAAUCCUCGUGGCCCUGUCUGCAGGCCCUCUCACAGCAGUUGCGGAGUCCGGGAUCCAUUAGUUUGUAAGAAACGGGCAGCAGCAAUUUUCAGCAUUAAUAUUUUAGGGCAAGUGCUUGUGUUUAAAUGGUCUGCAGUGAAAUGGGUUUAGCAGUCACCAUCAAACACGUCUUUGGGGCUGCUCCCAGAGCCUCUGCUCUCGCUGUCAGCAGGCUCACGUGGCUGUACUGCGCUACAGAGGCUUUGCAGGGCGUUUUGUUGGUGUUUUCAAAGGAGAGAAAUCUCUUCCCUGGGGGUUUGUGAGGUUGUGGAAGGGCUGAUUAGAGGCGCUUGCAAUCUGACUGCACAUGAGCAGAUCUUUCUGUCUCUCCAGAGUGCAGCCCCAGGGGAAGCUCAGCCUGCUGUGGAUCCUGUCGUGAUCCUUUGGAUUUGCCCUCCUAGGCGAGGAGCUCGGAUCAGAGGCUGGAGCUGGGAACCUCCUGUGGCUGUAACACAAGAGAGCGGCUCCCGCUCUGCAGCCCGGCAGGGUAAUGCAGCCAGGCUCCUUGCUGGCCUCUCGCGGGGGAUGCAUUUUAAUUAGAUGUAGCCUUCGCUUCUGCAGCGGCUUCUGCAGGCAAAGCAAAGCUUUUAGAAGUGCUGAUGGAAUUAUAACGAUGUAGAGCGGGCUUAGCUGUGGCGCAGUCCCUGUUAUCAUGAUCCAAGUGGGAAGAAGGAUGGGUGAGACUGUGAAGCAGCAUCUUGGAGCCAGUGGUUGGCACAGCUGCAGCAUAUGGAGGCUGAUGAGGAUCAUCUGACAGUUCCUGGUGCUUGCUAUUUUAAUUGCUGCAACAUACCAAAGUCAAUUAAUCUUGCUUUGAAAAACCUGGAGUGGAAGGGGGGAGGGAGGGUUAUUUUAGGCCUCAGAUGACACAAAUUAGCAGGGCCUGAUGAGAAUGUAAUUUGCCUUGACGUGGUAAACCUCUGUGUGUUAUUUCACUUCUCGCAGGCAACUCAUGCAGGGCAGCAUCAUUCCCAUCGGGUGUUUCUCUGUGCUGGUGGUUGUCCCGGGCCAGUGGGCCAAGGGGGGAGAUGUGAGGUGUGAUGCUGGGUUGGGGGGCACAGCGCCAAGUGUCCCUUCUCAAGCACAACCAUGGGGUUCCUGCUUCUGCCUCUGAAUUUCUGCAGCUCAUGCUUUUCUUAUGGUUUGUUUCUCCCCCCUGUAUCUAAGCAAAUGCGAGUAUGGUUUUGGUGAAGGCAGGGCCCUGAGGUCAUGGUGUAUCCUAGUGCCCUGUUCCUGCAUCUCAUCUUCCUCAUCCUUCCUCCCACCUGGCCCCAUCUGCACUCCAGGGGCUGAUGUACUAAAGCCAAGACAAGCUGUUCAUGGGAGGAGAUUUCUUAACCAGUGCCCAAGAGAUGAGCAGGGAUCCCCUAACGCAAGCAGGGAUGGGUGACCCCCCCCCCCCCCCCCCCGAGGUCCUUGGGUCUGGGGGAAGCGUGACAGCGGGGGGAAGGGGCUGGAGCCUCCAUCUUAUACCCUUUCUUCUGGUGGAAUCUGGGCUCAGGGCUGGCCGGGGGAGCAGGAUUGGGGGGUUGUGAAGUGUUGUGAGCUGCUGAGCUGUCAACCCUCUUCCUGCCACCCUGGGGGUGCUCCUCCAUGCCUGGGGGGGGGGGUUAUUCACCUGUGAGGGGCAAAGUCCAGUGCUCCUGGGUUGGUUUAGGAGUGGAGAAGGACAAGUCCCAUCUGCUGCUCCCAAUAAAGGCUCUGGCCUUCUC